UGCGGCGCUCCGGGUCCCCGCCCCUGGCCCGGCGCCCCUCGGUCCCCGGCCCCGCGCCCUGCCCGGGAGAACGCUCUCCGCCCGCCGAAACGCCCCAGGCUCGCGUCCCCGGGCCAUGAAGAGGGGCCCGUGAGGGGCGCGCGGAGGCGGUGGAGGAGGAGGGCGGAGGGAGGCCGAGGAGGAAGGCGCGGGGGGCGGAGGAUGCCGCCGCCACUGCCGCCGCCGCCGCCCGCCGGCCCGGGGCGAGCCUGACUCCAGAUCCGAGGAUGGAGCCGGCGCUGGGCGCUGCAGCGGCUCCCAGUGCGCCCCCGACCAGUUUCAGGUAGCCGGUCUCCUUUCUCCAGUGUGGUUGGAAGACGAACCUCCCUCCCUGGAUGUCCCCUUCCUUGUGGGUUUCAGCAUCUGGGCUGUUGCGACUGAGCUGCCAUUUCCAUCUGGAGCCUGCUGGCCCCGGGGCUGCUUGCUGCAUAGGCUGGGACUGCUGGCCAGACCAGGAGAACUGGCAGCUGUGGACUCCCUCUCUCGGAGCAGCCCCUCUUUGACCUUGCAAGGUGGAGAGACAGCCCCAUGAAGGUGCCCAGCCAUGCAAUGUUCCUGGAAGGCCGUCCUCCUCCUCGCCCUCGCCUCCAUUGCCAUCCAGUACACGGCCAUCCGCACCUUCACCGCCAAGUCCUUCCACACCUGUCCGGGGCUGGCCGAGGCGGGGCUGGCCGAGCGGCUGUGCGAAGAGGGCCCCACCUUCGCCUACAACCUCUCUCGCAAGACCCACAUCCUCGUCCUGGCCACCACACGCAGCGGCUCCUCCUUCGUGGGCCAGCUCUUCAACCAGCACCCGGAUGUCUUCUACCUGUUUGAGCCCCUCUAUCACGUCCAGAACACGCUCAUCCCGCGCUUCACCCAGGGCAAGAGCCCCGCGGACCGGCGCGUCAUGCUGGGCGCCAGCCGAGACCUCCUGAGGAGCCUCUACGACUGCGACCUCUACUUCCUGGAGAACUACAUCAAGCCGCCGCCGGUCAACCACACGACCGACAGGAUCUUCCGCCGCGGGGCCAGCAGGGUGCUGUGCUCUCGCCCCGUGUGCGACCCUCGCGGCUCCGCCGACCUGGUGCUGGAGGAGGGCGACUGCGUGCGCAAGUGCGGCCUGCUGAACUUGACCUUGGCCGCCGAGGCCUGUCGUGAGCGCAGCCACGUGGCCAUCAAGACCGUGCGGGUGCCCGAGGUGAACGACCUGCGGGCCCUGGUUGAAGACCCGCGGUUAAACCUCAAGGUCAUCCAGCUGGUCCGGGACCCGCGGGGCAUUCUGGCGUCCCGCAGCGAGACCUUCCGCGACACUUACCGGCUCUGGCGGCUUUGGUACGGCACCGGGAGGAAACCCUACAACCUGGAUGUGACACAGCUGACCACGGUGUGCGAGGACUUCUCCAACUCCGUGUCCACCGGCCUCAUGAGGCCCCCGUGGCUCAAAGGCAAGUACAUGUUGGUGCGCUACGAGGACCUGGCCCGGAACCCCAUGAAGAAGACGGAGGAGAUCUACGGGUUCCUGGGGAUCCCCUUGGACAGCCACGUGGCCCGCUGGAUCCAGAACAACACGCAGGGUGACCCCACCUUAGGCAAGCACAAAUACGGCACCGUGCGCAACUCGGCGGCCACUGCCGAGAAGUGGCGCUUCCGCCUCUCCUAUGACAUCGUGGCCUUCGCCCAGAACGCCUGUCAGCGGGUGCUGGCGCAGCUGGGCUACAGGAUGGCCACCUCGGAGGAGGAGCUCAAGAAUCCCUCCAUCAGUCUGGUGGAGGAGCGGGACUUCCGCCCUUUCUCGUGACGCGGGCUCCGUGGGUGGGGGUGAGGGGCACAUGGUGUCGGUUUUGAUAAAAUGGACCGUUUUUAACUGUUGCCUUAUUUCCCCCUUCCUCCCCCACCCUGUCUAUGUGUCCUUCCUGCCCCUUGCCCACCACCCCACUCCCUUCUGCCUCCUUUGUCUCUGAAAUUUGCACUAUGUCUUGGACAGGAAUCACUGGGGCAGAGGGGGAGUGAAGUGGGGUACAGUCCCCACUCCACCCCAUUCAGACACACUGAUGUUGGGUCUCUGCGUGGAUGGUGACAAUGUUUACAAGCACCACACUCACACAUUCACAUACGUGCACACACACACACACAGGCACCCACAGGAGAGACACCCCAAACCACACAACUUCUGAAGCUUUUCGAAUGGAUGAGUGGUCAGGGUAUGGUAGUUUUUGCACUGUCUUACUUCUACAAGGUAAGAGGUUAAAAACAAAAAGGCCUCCUCUCUCUAAUUUAUGAAUGGUGUCUAUCCCUCGUCAUCCCACAUCCAGCCCCCAAUGCCCACUGCCCCCUUUGGAGCAGAGAAACUGCUCCCUCCUGCCCGCCCUUGCCUGUCGGUGAGCAGGUUUUUACUGUGAGGUGAAUGUGGACCUUGUUUAUUUUUUCCAGACUGUGGCGAUGCUGUCUGUCUGUCUGUCUGAGUCUUGUGGCUGCCCCUGGACCAGUGAUGGCUGAUAAAUCUUAUGGAUUUCUGAUUGAUCUUGGGGUCCAUCUGUGAUAUUUCUUUGUGCCAAAAAGAAAAAGAGUGGAUCAGUUUGCUAAAUGAACAUUGAAAUGCUUUAUCUGUGUUUUCUGUAAAUAAAAGAGUGCAAUAAUG